UUUGUUUGCAAAAAUGGCUGAUAGAAUCCACACACUUAGUACUAUCCACACUGCUCCCGAGUUGGAGCAGUUCCUAGUCGCUACAGUUCAGUUGACUGGACGUGUACUAGGAGCAGGUGCUUAUGGCAGUGUGGAGGAGGUGGAGAUCCCGGGAGCAACGGUAGCUGCCAAGAAAUUGCACCAACAGCUUGUCAACUUGGGCUCUCCACAGCAGGUUGAGAAAUGGGUGACUGAUUUUGUGGAAGAAUGUAAGCUGAUGAGCCAACUCCGUCACCCUCACAUAGUACAGUUCCUGGGAGUGUGCUAUCUCCCUGGAGCCCAGCUCCCCGUCCUACUGAUGGAGAAGCUACAAACCAGCCUUGAUAACCUUCUAGAAACGAGCCCCAACAUCCCUAUUGACCUCAAAGUGCACCUUCUGACGGGGACUGGCCGAGGGGUGGUCUAUCUGCACAGCCGCACUCCACCCAUUGCCCAUCGCGAUCUGUCUGCCAAAAACAUUCUAGUCGAUAACGGUCUCAAUGCCAAGAUAGCAGACAUGGGUGUUUCUAGGAUUGUGAACAUUCAGCCUGGCCAGCUAGCUGCCUCAAUGACUCAAAUGCCUGGCACUGGUGUGUACAUGCCACCAGAGGCAGCUCAAGAGGAAGGGGUCACACGAUACAACACUGCCAUAGACAUCUUCUCCUUUGGUGUAGUAUCUCUGUUCACACUGACACAAACCUUUCCAAGAAAUCUCAAACCUGCUGCGUAUUAUGAUCCUGCUACUCGAAGGGUCUUGGGACGUACAGAAAUCGAACGUCGUGAAAAUUACAUUGUUUCAAUGAAAGCAGCUCUUGGUGAGACCCACUCCCUAGUCCAGUUGACCCUCGACUGUCUGGAGUUCCUUCCUGAAGAUCGACCAUCUGCUGUAGUGGUGUUGAGACGAUUGGAGGAGGUUAAAACAACACUCCCUCAGAACUGCACCCAGACCAAGCUGGAACUGAUUCAGCAGGUUGCUGUGAAGGAAGAAGAGAUACAGCGAGCUGUUGCCGAUAAUCAGGCUCAAAGUGACGCAAUCAAAGUACUGCAGUCGGAGGAAAUUGAACAAAGGGAUUUUGGAAUCAAUCAACUUCAGAAAAAUUUUUUGGAAAAGUCAGGUCAAGUAAAUCAACUUUUACACCAAAUCUCUGAGAAAGACACUCAUAUUGCUCAAUUACAAGCAAUAAUUGAUCGUCUUCAAGCUGAGACCCGAGAGCAAGUUCGUGGACCAGAAGAACUGACCAUUCUCCAACAAGAGCAGUUGAAAGUUCGUGUCUCCAGUUCUCUACAGAUACAGCCUCAGGACCAACCUCAGGACUCAGGACAGAGAGAGACAACCACAAACAAAACCACAAAAGCAAUCAAGGUUGUCGAUUUAAGUAUUGGAAAUGAAUUGCUACCACACAAGUCAACCACGUCACAACCAACUGUUCCUACUGCCAUUACCUUCAACUGGAAAAAAUGCAAGGAACUACCAAAUGGGAUGACGUCGUACGUUCAGCCUGUGACUAUUAACGGGAAGCUGUACAUGCGCAGUGUGUGUAACAGGACUGAGACAGUGGUAGUUUACACACAAGAUCACUGGUAUGAGCUGCCACAUCCUCUUGUGAAGCACUUCACCGUAACAACACUGAGAGGUCGAGUGCUAGUGGUCGGAGGGUGGGACAAGUCUACUUAUGAGAAUAAAGACACCAUCCUAACAUUCGAUGAGAGCUCUCGACAAUGGGUCCAGUCACUUCCUCUCAUGCCAAAAGCAUUAACUGAAGCAGCAGUUGUUGGAUAUCAGAACCAUCUGAUCGUUAUCGGUGGAGUUGACUCAAACGGUAGUAAGAUAGCUGAUGUAAACAUUCUAGACACGAGUAACAAAUGGAUCACAGCCGAACCACUUCCCAACACUGAUGAAUACAAAACUUGCCAAAUUGGAGACACACUGUAUCUUGUAGGUCAAGCCACUAGAAAAGUUUUUCGAGCUUAUGUACCCUCCCUCAUAUCACGAGCUAGUUCUGGUGUGUGGGAAUCUGUCGCAAGUGUGCCAUUUUGUAGAUCGUCUCCCAUCACCAUCAGCAACACCCUCCUGACUGUAGGGGGUAGUGAUAGGCAGCUAAGAGGUAAUGCUAUCUCAAGCAUCCAUCUGUACGAUCCAACCAAAAACCAGUGGACACAAUGCGGUGAUCUUCCCAAGAAAAUGGAAUGUUGUUGUUGCAGCAAUGAACUGUCUGGCCAACUGUGUGUAGUUGGUGGUGGAAUAGGUUUCAGCACUGUGUACACAUCAAUCCCAUCCAUUGUACACUAGUCUAUUAUUGUAUUUUAUCAUUUGAUCUGAAUAUUAGUAAAAUGUCCAUAAA